UAUAUAACGGCCCCGCUUCUGCCUGCUUCCCAUCCACCCACCCGUCGCUCUACGCCUCGCAUCAAUCACAAAACAACAAAUUCAGCCCACAAUGUCUGGUUCUCUUCAGCUCUACGAAUUCUCCGGUUCCGUCUGGUCCAACGCCCCCAAGAUCGCCAUCGAGGAGGGCGGCUUCAAGAAGGGUCAGGACUAUGACUACAUCACCAUCAACCUUGCCGAGGGUGCCAACUUUGACCCCUCUUACCUCAAGAUCAACCCCGCCGGUACUGUCCCCACUUUGAUCGUCGGCAAGGACACUUUCACCGACUCUAUUAGCGCGGUCGCCGAGAUCAACAAGCUCGCUCCCAACAAGCCCAAGGGCAAGGUCAGCGGUGGUGUGAGCCUCAUCGAGGAGGUAAGUGUACCAGCGCACGGGCAUAUUGUAGAGCUGACAUUGUGGUCCCAGAUCCAUGGUGCUGCCAUUGACCCCAACGCUACCCUUUUGCUCGCUACCGACGACAAGGACAGGGAGGUCAAGGCUAACGGGCUUCCAAAGGCCUUCUUGGCCGGCAGGCAGAAGGCUCUGAAUCAAUUCUCUCAGAGCCCUCCCGCAGAAUUCAAGGACUUUUUGAACAAGAAGCGUGAGGACAACCUCCAGCUUUUGGACUUUUACUCUGGUGCCCCUGACGAGCAAACCCGCAAGGCGCACUACGCCCAAGGCCAGCAGCUCUGGUCUUCUGUCGGUGCCGCUCUCCAGGGUUUCGUCGCCGACGCCCUCACCAAGAACCACCAGGGCCCAUACGUCGGCGGCUCCGAGCCCUCUGAGGCCGACUGUGCGUGCUGUCUUCCAUGUGGAUCAACACCCAACAGCUGACGUGUCUAUAGUCCACUUGAUCACCUGGCUCGCGAGGACCAUUACCAACGCCGGCGUCGAGCCCGGAACCAACGCCGACGACGCCAUUAAGCAGCUGCAGGCCAAGACUGGUGCUUCUUCUUUCGACGACUCUAUCAAGCUCUACUGGGAGACUUGGACCGCUAGGGACAGCUUCAAGAAUGCUGGUGUCCACUAGGCGAGAGGUGUCUUUGUAUAUAUAGGCGAGAAGUCGCAAGAAGUGAAAGCUAUCAAUACGUCGUUAUCUCAUGUAUCAUAAUUUGUCGCUUUAUUUUGUUCAUUGUACUAGUCAGGCAGUAAGCAGCUCCAGCCACAUACCCCUCCUUGUGUUGUUUGACCACGAAAUAUUGCCCACACAGUAUGGACAAGACGAGCUGCGCUGCAAAGCAAACAUCAAUGGAGUAGUGCGA